AUGAUGCUCCGAGAGCAACAAGAUAAAGAUCCCGACAUUCAAAAAAUAAUACAAGAACUUCAUAAAAAUCCUAAAUCGUCUCCCUUCGUUCUUAGAGAUAAUAUUCUAUAUAAACUUGUGAUACCUUCACGUACUUCUAAAACUAAAAUCCAUGUUAUUUAUUUACCGAACUUAAUGAUAAAACCACUAUUAUAUGCUACUCAUAACGAUCCAAUGACAGGAGGACAUUUCUCAACAGAUAGAAUAUACAAUAAAAUCAAACACAAAUAUUGGUGGCCAAACAUGAAAAAUAAUAUCAAAAUGCACAUAAAAUCUUGUUCAUUAUGUCAGCAAUAUAACGUUAGUCGUCAUAAAAAGCAUGGCCAACUUAAACCCAUCCCACCACCUGAUGGUCCAUUUAUGCUCGUCGGAAUCGAUUUUUGCGGUCCCUUUAAAAGGACUCCUCGUGAAAAUCUGUACGUGCUCGUCAUAACAGACUACUUCACCCGUCACAUCACCGCACUUGCUCUACCCGAUUGUACAGCAGAAACUACCGCUCAUGCACUCUUUAAUAAUUACUUCUGCAAAUACGGAAUACCGGCAGUUAUUAUCAGCGACCAAGGUCCUCAUUUUCAAAAUAUCUUAAUGCACAAUAUUCAAAAAUUAAUUGGAUAUAAUCAUAUCUAUAGUACACCUUACCAUCCUCAAACCAACGGUAUUGUCGAACGUUUUAACAGUACCUUCGUUCCUCAAAUCUCAAAACUGCAAGAUACACAAGAUAAUAAUUGGGACGAAUAUCUUCAGGCGGUUGUCUUUGCUUACAAUUCAGGAGUUCAUAAAACCACUAAAUUCUCUCCAUAUGAACUCCUAUAUGGACGACCUCCUCGUCUUCCAAUUGAUUCACGACCACACCAUUUUACAUUUCAUAAACCCAAUGACUAUUUUGAACAAUUGAAGAAAACUCUAAAUAUAUAUCAUAAAGCAGCUAAAGAGAAUAUAAUUCAACAACAACAACUCAAUAAACAGAGAUACGAUAUUCAUAGACAAGAUCCGCAUUAUAAAUUAGGUGAUAGAGUAUGGAUGAGAAUAUUUGGCAUGAGAGGCAAACUCGAUCCCAAAUUUUCAUUAAAACCAAAAAUUAUUAUAUAUUGUAAUCAUCCGACUUAUAUUGUAUUAGAUGAAGACACAAAUAUUGAAUCACGGGUACAUGUUGGAGAUCUUAAACCUGUGAACUUAUCAACAAUUCAAUCAAACUAA